GCAAAUUGCAAAAAGUGGAAGAAGUUGAAGCCGGGCAAGUUGCAAGUUUUAAUUAGCCUCCACAGAUUUUGCUCUUAGCUGCUAAAGUUGAACCAUUCCUUCCUUGUCUCAUCGCAGAAAGCAUCCCCCCAUCACCAUCAUCGAUAUCACAACACUUUCAUCGUAAUUCCAAUCCCAAGCGAGAAAAAAAAAAUGGCUGAUGCUGCUGUUAGUGCUACCAUUCGGGUUGCAUUGCAGACGGUUGUUUCCCUUGCCGCUGAUCAUGUUAGUUUGGUUCGUGAAUUCCCAGAGGAGCUGGAGAGACUCAACAAAUCUGCUGAAAUGAUCCGAGGCUUCUUGGCCGGUGCUGAUGAGGAAAUGCAUAGCCAUGAUCCGAAGCUUGUUGGGGUGCAAAAUUGGCUCAAGCAGCUGGAAGAAGAGGUUUUCAAAGCUGACAAUGUGCUGGACGAGCUCAACUAUGAAAAUCUUCGCCGGAAGGUGAAGUAUCAAAAUCAACUCAUGAAAAAGAAGGUAUUCUUCUGCUUUUCAUUCUUUAAUACAGUCCGUUUUCGUUCGAGGUUGGCUUCAACGAUCAGGGAGAUCAACACGAACCUUGAAAGGAUCCAUCGGGAUGCCGAAGGUUUGGGACUGGCCUACAAACGCCGAGUUGAAGAAGCAUUCCCUACUAUUGCUGCCGGAGCCACAACAAGCCGACAGACUGACUCUACUAUUGUGCGAAGAGAUGUCCUAGGAAGAGACGAGGAUGAAACAGAAAUAGUUAAGAAGUUGUUGACCGAAUCUGAAAGUGUUAUUUCAGUUAUUCCCAUAACUGGCAUGGGUGGUUUAGGAAAAACAACUCUGGCUAAAGCCGUUUACAAAAAUGAACAAAUUGUUGGACAUUUUGACCAAACAAUGUGGGUUUGUGUGGCUGAAAAAGUAGAUAGAAUCGAGGUGGUCUUCAAAAUGGUUCUAAAAUCGUUAACAGAUAGAGAGAUUGAACGGGAUCGAAGGGAGGAAAUAGUUAAAAAAAUUCAGCAUGAACUCAAGGAAAAAAGAUAUUUCCUUGUUCUUGAUGAUUUGUGGAAUGAUCAAGAAGUAUUGUUGAAUGACUUUUUCAGCACUUUGGCGGGACUCAAUACGAAGAAAGGGAGCUGGUGUCUUGUUACCACUCGUCUGCAAGAAGUGGCAAUUAUUCUGUCUAGACAUCCGCAGAUCAAUUUUACUCGCCAUGAGCUGAGAAAGCUAUGCAAUAAUGAUUGCUGGUCUAUCAUGAAAAAAUGGGCAACUGUAGGGGAAGAAGUACCAAAAGAAUUGGAAGACAUAAGGGAGCAAGUUUUAAGAAGAUGUGAUGGUCUACCUCUCGCAGCAAAGCUAAUUGGAGGAUUGUUAUCUAAAAAGAGAAAAGAGGAGUGGCUAUCUAUUUUGGAGGAGAGUCUCUUGAAUGAAGAUCAGGGUGGGAUCGAGCAAAUAAUUAAGGUGAGUUUUGAUCAUCUCUCACCUGCACCGGUUAAGAAGUGUUUUGCAUAUUGCUCAAUUUUUGAUCAAGAUGCUGAAUUGGAACAAGAUCCACUAGUUGAGCUUUGGAUGGCUGAAGGCUUUCUUCAAUCGGAUUCCCAAAAUGAAAGAAUGGAGAAAAGAGGAUAUAAGUAUCUGAAAACUUUGCUGCAAACUUCCUUAUUGGAAGAAGUAAAAGAGGAGUGGAGAACAUGGUAUAAAAUGCAUGAUCUUGUACAUGAUUUUGCAAAAUCAAUUUUGAAUCGUAACAGCAGCAAUCAGGACCGUUACCUUGCGGCAUCUGAAAGAAUGGUAGAAAACAUGAACGAAAAAACGUCAGCAUCACUUCGCACAUUAUUUCUGGAGGGUGGCAUAGCUGAUGAUAUGUUAUCAAAGUUCAAAUACUUGCAUGUCCUAAAAUUGUUUGGAGCAGAUGUCAAAGAGUUGCCGACCUCCAUUGGCAAACUAAUACAUUUACACUUACUUGACAUUUCAGGUUCUAGGAUUACAACUUUGCCAGAAUCUCUUUGCAAACUUUAUAGUUUGCAAACACUGAGAAUUGGCAUGCUUGAAGAAGGUUUGCCAAAGAAGAUGAGCAAUUUGAUUAGCAUGAGACAUCUUCACCAUUAUGAUAGAAGACCCGAAAUCCAAAUGCCAUCCAGGAUUGGACGAUUGACUUGUCUUCAAACAUUAGAGUUCUUUAACAUAGGUCAUCAAGAGGAAGGUCGUGGUAUCCAAGAACUUGGAACCUUGCAAGAUCUUAAAGGCUCCUUGGAGAUCAGAAAUCUUGAAUUAGUAAAUGGCAAAGAUGAUGCUGAACUAGCGAACCUAUCUAGAAAGCCAAAUAUGUAUCGGUUGGUGUUUGAGUGGGGCAAUAGGGAUCAGGAAAGUGAUAAAUGUGAUGAAGAUGUGUUGGAAGGUCUCCAACCUCACCCAAAUUUAAAAGAGUUACAAAUUUUGAAGUUCAUGGGUGAUCAGUUCCCACAAUGGUUCAUGAAUUUGACAUUGACAUCACUGGUGGAGUUGCGGGUGGAGGAUUGCACAAGAUGCAGAAAACUCCCUGCACUUGGACAGCUGCCAUUCCUCAAGUGCCUCUAUCUGACUAGAUUGGAAAACACAAGCAUUGGGCUUUCAUUCUACAGUACAAGUGCUGAGGAGGAUGGCGGAUCAGGAGGUUCAGACACUAUUAGCAGACAAACAUUCUUUCCAUCCCUCAAAAUUCUCUCUCUUGAAAGCAUGAAAAAUUUGGAAGAGUGGAAGGACGCACCCGAAAUGAUGUCAAACACAGGUGAAGUACAUGUGAUGGAUGUGUUUCCUGUGCUGGAAAAGUUGUAUAUUAGCGAUUGCCCCAAGCUGACCAUCAUUCCAACUCCAAGUCGUUUCCCAAGUCUUGAUGUAUUGAAAAUCAAAUGGAAUUGCCACGUUUUGGUGGCAGAAAAGGUUUUGAGCAAUAUAACCACGCUCUCUUCCCUUAAAUUAAGGGGUGGUCUUCAAAGCAUCGAGUCUCUAGAAUUAGUGAAACGACCAGAGAUCAGCUUGAGGAUUGAUGGUUGUGACAGUCUGCCCACUGACAUGCUUGAGCGACUCUGGCUCAUUCCAAUUCUUCAGCGUGUAGAAUUGUUUAAGUGCCCUAAUAUAACAACGUUAAGAGGAAUGAGUUGCGCCGCUUGUCUUGAGAGUUUGGCAGUCCAUUAUUGUGAGAAUUUACGGGAGUUGCCAGAUGAUCUCUAUCAAUUUCAAGCUUUACGGUACUUGACUGUAGGUGGCUGCCCGAGAAUCAAUUCAUUUGGAUAUCCAAAUCAUAAUACAGGACAGGAAAGCCUCCUUAAGUCUCUUGAGAUGCUUCUUACCUAUGGGUGCCAUGAAUUAACAACAUUGCCAGUGGAGAUGUUCGAGUCAUGUACGUCUCUCCGAGAGCUGAAUUUAUACAAUUGGCGCAGCCUGGUCUCCUUUCCCCUUGAUUUGCGACGAACCCCUUCUCUCGCGAGCUUCAAAUUAUUCGACUGUCCCAACUUGAUUGCUGAGAUGCCUAGUGGAUUUGGCUAUCUUACCAGCUUAAGGGAAGUGCAGAUUGGUCCCUUUACAGAUGACUCUGUAAUCGAAUUUGAUUGGGCUGGGUUAGCAUCUUCAUCAACACUCCGGUGCGUCUCUUUAUGUGGAAUGCCCGACAUGAAGUCUCUGCCACAUCAGCUUCAAUGCUUGACUACCAUCACAUCACUGUCUCUAGAUGGCUUCGGAGCAAUCGAAGCCUUACCAGAUUGGGUUGGGAACCUUGCGUCUCUUGAAUACCUAGGCCUAUCAUGCUGCCCAAAGCUUGAAUAUUUACCCUCCGUAGAUGCCAUGGAACGCCUCAAAUUAAGACGUCUGGAAAUUUUUGAUUGUCCUCUAUUAAAUCAAAGAUGCACUCCUCAAAGCGGCUCCGAGUGGCCCAAGAUCUCUGAUAUUCCGGAGCGUAAAAUUGAUUUUCGGUAUUUCUGAGCCAUCCGGCAACAAGUGUAAGUGAAGCAGCAAGCAAUGACAGUGCUGAAACAUUGCGGAAGGCUCAAAAGUGUGCUCAAGGCAGUCAGCCUGGAACCUCUAAAGCAUCUUUUUGCACUUUACACAUUCUCCAACUGUAGCAUCAAGCUAUGGUUUCCAAUCGUUUUUGAAGAAAGAUGCGGAGAAUUUGUUUAGGAAGUAGAGAUCAUGCUUUUUGGACAAAGAACACCAAGGUUCUCGUGUUGUUCUUAUGAGAAUGUCAAUCAGGUUUUGAAGAUGGAAGGUAGUUAUCUGUGAUUUUGUCCACCGGAGUGCUAUACAAUUCGCGGGAUGUGGAAAUGAAGCAUGCUGAAAACAGAGUGGCUUGUGCCAAGCUUGUAGAAAGUUGUAUGGAUGGAGAAGAAUUGGAGGGGAGCAUGGUAGCUGGUACUGGAGAGCUAUCAAGGUACAGGACUUGCUUGAAGAAAACUGGAUGUGGUGAUACUUUAGUUCCAGAGGUGAGAAGAUUUGAUGGAAAGAAGUUACACUACAACCAAAAAAAAAAAAA